AUGGCAGGAACAGGAGUUCCGCCAAUCAACAUCGAGGGCACCGCUGAUUGGUCAUCCUUGAGUAGGAUGAUGAACAGCAAGGGGAUUCAAUUCUCCAAAGCGAGGACGGCGGGUACCAGUGUGAAGGUAUUCACAAAUACACCAGCUGACUACCGUCAGCUAGUCGCACUGCUUGAAUCCAUCAAGCGGCCCUUCUUCACAUAUCAACUGAAGGAGGACAGGAUGGACCAGAGGGUCAUUCGUGGGCUUCCGAGAGAGAUGUCAGUCAAUGACAUCAAAGAGGAUCUGGACCACAAAGAAGCCACUUCCGCUCUUCCUCGUCAAGACGAAGAUGCCGGAAAAGCUUGCAGAGAUCCAGAGGCUGGCCAUGCUCACGGUCAGCUUCGAGAGGAAGAAAAAGUCUUCCGAGCCCAGCCAGUGCUACCGCUGCCAGCGGUACGGGCACACACAGCGGAACUGCCGUCUCGCUGA